ACUCCACCAGUCGGCCGUCAAGCCGCCUAUGCCGAGACUCGCCGCUGGCUCGAAAUCGUCCGGCAGAUUCGGGAGAUGCCCGACCCUCAAGGGUCCAUCCUGUGGUGUUCGGUGAUUUACGUCUUCGUGCAGGCCGCCAAAGCUGUGGCCACUUGGUGCGACGAGAUUCUGGACUAG